UGUUCAACCCGCUUCAUAGUCCAUAGUUACUACUCUGGAGUAGAGCGCAAGCGGAACGAACUGACCUCUGCGCAAUUCAUGAAUUUGCAAGGAAUCUGGCCAUUUCCUCUGGUUUCAGGUGCAUAGUUCUGAAAUGGAGGAAAUUUUGGAGGGAAAUCAGGAUAAAGCGGUAAUAGACGAGAAAGAAGAAGAAAAGCAAGAGCUUACCCCUUGGGAUCAACACUUCUCUGUGAUAAAUCUGCGUCGUUUUGACUACAAUGCUCCUUCUGCACUUUUGGAGAGUCCUCACUCCGGUUUCCUCAUCACCUGCCCUAUAAAAAGAGAGAAGAGUGCAACAAAAGAAGCCAUUGCCAUUCUUGAAAAGUUUUCUGGAUUGUUUGGUGAGGAUGAUGUUGAAAGAGUAGCACCCAAUGUAGCAAAUGUGGCCAUGAAUGGAAUUAAGAAAAGGAAGCUAUCUGAUACUUCGGAACAAUUAGCUACAGAAGAUCUUGGGAGUGAAGACGGCUCAAAGUCUGAAGGUACACUUCCGAGUGGCAGCAUUUCAUCAUCAGAUAAGACUGAAACAAUUGUGAAAAGAAGCUCCAUUCUCUCUCUGGUGAAAUUGAAUAAGAGUGGGUUGCUUCUCUUUGCCUUCCCAAAAAAUGGAAGUUCUCUACCUGACAGCAUCUUACAAAAGAUAUUCAACUCGCUAGAAUCUGGGGACCUGAGUUCACCACGCUGGUGUCACCGAAUUCUUCCUAUUCAAGAGACAUGUAUGUUGAGUGAGAAAAACAUGCAUGCUGUUGUAUCAAAGCUUGUUCAACGAUUCUUAAGCAAUUCACAAGAUCAGCCUGAGAGACCUUUGAAGUUUGCAGUUGCCUUUAAUCGAAGAGGAAUUGAAGACAAGAAGCUGAAGGGUAAAAAAGAAGUCGAGAAAGAUAAAAGUGAAUUGCCUGUAUUGGAUCGAGAUCAGUGCUUCCGUGUUGUGGCUGGGGCUGUUAAAGAUGUUGCACCAGAUUCCGUUGUGGAUCUGAAAUUUCCAAAGAUGGUUGUGUUUGUUGAGGUACUUCCCAUUCCAGGAAUCCCCAGUGGAUCGAUAGUGGCUGCAGUUUCUGUACUCCCUCACACCCUUGUCAACACAAAGCCUCGUCUUAUUGUGAAGCCACUGGUUUCAACCACCAAAACAGCUGAAGGAAAGGCCUAAUGGCUAGCAGUUCAUUGAAUCUUUUGUCCAGCUUGGGCAACCACAUUAAUUUAACUAGUCCAACAACAAUCGGUUUGAGGACUAUAAUAGGAGUUUUGAGGACUAAUAGGUAAGUUCACAAGAGGCCGGAACAGGGAUCUGAAGUGCUCGGGUCUCAAUAGUUGCCAGCAAAAUGACAAGUACUCAAAUCUUAGGGUUUCACUCUCUCUCUCUCUCUCUCGUACGAAUUUUUGAUUUCCUCUUUCAUGGUGUUUCAAUAUUCGCAGCCUGUGUUUAUGAUUGCAAGCUGAAUUUUGGGUAAAAUUGGCAGUGAUACAUAUCAAACUUUUGGGAAAUUUCUGAUGGAACUAAAACGAUACAGCCUUUUUUUGUG